UUCCAAAUUUUUUUUUUUUUUUUUUUUUUUUUUUUUUCUUCUUCCCUCCCGCGGUGUCGGUGUUGGGAAGACCCCGCCCGCGUUUCUCCUCCCGUGCCCCAGCGGAGAGGCCGGGAGAGCGGGCAGCACCUCCCCGGCUCACCGCGUGCGGGCUCGGCUCGGCGCGGCCCGGCACAGCACGGCACGGCUCGGGCGUUCGCCCCCGAUAAUGCAGAGCUACAAGUACGACAAGGCGAUCGCGCCGGAGAGCAAGAAUGGGGGCAGCCCGGCGCUGAACAACAACCCGGCCAAGGGCAGCAGCAAGAAAGUCCUGCUCAUCUGCCUCGACUUCCUCUGCCUCGUCAUGGCUGGGCUGCCCUUCCUCAUCAUCGAAACAAGCACAAUCCAGCCCUAUCAGCGGGGCUUCUACUGCGACGAUGACAGCAUCAGGUACCCACUGAAGUCAAUGGAGACAAUCAACGACGCGGUGCUGUGUGCUGCAGGCAUCCUCAUUGCCAUCCUUGCCAUCAUCACAGGAGAGCUCUACCGCAUCCACUACCUAAAGGAGAAGUCACACUCCUUUAUCCAGAACCCUUACGUGGCAGCUCUCUACAAGCAAGUGGGCUGCUUUGUUUUUGGCUGUGCCAUCAGCCAGUCCUUCACAGACAUUGCCAAAGUGUCCGUUGGGCGCUUGCGGCCACAUUUCCUUGAGGUUUGCGACCUGGAUUUCUCCACCAUCAACUGCUCAAAGGGGGUUUACAUCCAGAACUACACCUGCAGGGGAAGUGACAGCAAGGUCCAGGAAGCCAGGAAAUCCUUUUUCUCUGGGCAUGCAUCCUUCUCCCUCUACACCAUGCUGUAUUUGGUGUUCUAUCUGCAGGCCAGGUUCACGUGGAAGGGCGCCCGCCUGCUCCGUCCCCUGCUGCAAUUCACACUGAUCAUGAUGGCAUUUUACACCGGCCUGUCCCGUGUGUCAGACCACAAGCAUCACCCCACCGACGUGCUGGCAGGCUUUGCACAGGGAGCCCUGGUGGCUUACUGCGUGGUGUUUUAUGUCUCUGACCUCUUCAAGCCCAAGCCCAAGACCUGCCUGCCUCCACCCCCCAUCCGGAAGGAGAUCCUCUCACCUGUGGACAUCAUCGAACGCAAUAACCAUCACAACAUGGUGUAGGCCUUUGAGCAAUCGGAUUGGUGUUGUAUUUUAUUUUUUAUUUUUUUGCAAAAAUGACUGCUGACAGCAACUACCUGCUGCUCUCAAAUCUCAUCAGACAGUAGAAUGUAGGGAGAGACUUUCUUGCCCGACCGGUAAAGUCUUACUCUGUGGUCUUUUUCAACUCGCGACAUUUGGAGGAAAGGAGUGGUGGUGAUCAACUAAAAGCAACAGUGAGAAACAAACACCCAGCAAAAAGCCGAGCAAGCAAAGAGGUGCCGGAGUUCUGGAUGUGCAAUUGGUUUGAGUGUUCAUGUUGUAGUGAACGCCAAAUUGUUCAUAGCGUAAAGAACACUAAGGGAUUUUGGAAAGCUGGCCAUCUCGGUUGUUGGUUUUUUUUUUUUUUUUUUUAAUUAUUAUUUUUGACGAUGAAGAUUUCUAAUGCAGGCAAGGAAAAAAAAAAACAACUCACAAAUUAUAUAGCACUACAGACGAGCAACAGCACUGAGUCAAGAUCUGGGAUUGGUUUGUAAGAGUUGCUAUUUUUUUUCUUAGUUUGUUUCUGCCUCCUCUUUUCCAUACUGUGACUUAGUAUAGAAGGAGCUUGCCCAGCUGAGGAUCUCCGGAGGGUCUCUGUUCAAACCACACACCUUUCACAAGCAGUCCUGAGAUGAACGGCGAGGCUGAACAAAUGUACCCUCGGAUCACAAACCCACAUUUCUUCCUUCCCGCUCGCUUCCUGGCGAGGCUUCAUCCUGAGCCGACCGGGCGUGCGCAGCAGCUGCAAAUGGCCCUAAAAUGGAAAAGAGCAUCCUCUGCUUCCCGGUCCUCCCCCCUCUGAAUGGCAGCAGGCGUUCUGCACGCUCGCAGUUUGGGUAGCGGCGGCUUGGCUGGAGACCUGUUCGCACUUCGACCUCAGGGCUGAGUCCUGGGGAACCUUGAAUUCUGCCCUUUUGGGACGGGCUGCUGGGCGGCACGUCCCAGCCUGGGUGUCCAGUCCGUUUGUACAUCCCCCCCUCCCCCAUUUCUCCCAUUGGCAUCCUAGUGCUCUGCUUGAUGACACCAGUGGGAAGCCAGCUGUGCCUCUACCCAGUGUGAUUUGUAGGAUUAUUAUUUUUUUUUUGCCCAGAAACCACAAGUUUUUGGCUUGCAGAUCUUUCACAGAGCGCAUUUGCAAAGGGAUCACACAAAGCAUGCAGAAUGGCCAUUUGCACAUCCUUCUUACAGAAUCCGUCCUAUCAUUUCAACUACAGCAAGCUAUGAUUUUUUUUAUAUAUAAAUAUUAUAUAAAUAAUGUAUAAAACCUUAAAAAUUAACUAUGUAAAAUAUUAUUUCUGAAACAAUUUUAGAUAUAUCCACUAUGACUAUAAACUGUGUCCUGACCUGUGUUAUUUACAUUUUGCUGCUUAAAGAAGCAUUGAAUUAAUUUUUUUUAUAGUCGACUAAAAUAUUGUAGUUCUGUGGUAGUAAUAUUUUAAUGAAAAUAACUACAAUUAGAGACAUUUGUAUAAAAAAAAAAAAUCAUAUUAAAUUGUCUGUAUUUUUGUAAUGUUCCAUUUUGUAAAGAGAAGAAUAUUCAAAGACUUUUGUAGAAUACAAAAUGAAAGUUUGUAUCUGCGAAAUUAUUGCUGUAUAAAUGUGCUUUUUAAAUAAAAGCUCAUAACACAACUAAAAUAGCUCAGUGUGCCUUGCUUCCUGCUUUUGGGUUUGAGCCCCUCGGGGAUCUGCUGGGGAAAUGGGGGUCACCCUUUGGGACUUUGUACACGGGGGCAGUUAAAUGCAAGGGACCCAAUGCCACUGUAAAUGGAUGUGAGAAGGACCCACCAGCUCCUGAUAGGGGAAGGAUGCGAUGGAUGCAGUCCUUGGUUUGCACUGAGCUGCUUGUGGUGAUGCUGAGGCUUUGAGCGCAUCUCUUUUUAUUGAUUGCAUUUCUUACUCUUUACCAAUAUUCCAAGCUUUAAAGAAAUACUAUCUAAGAACAAAAAGCCCAAAGCCCCUUAACCUGAUCCUUGUAGGGCUUACAGCUGUGCCAACACCUCUCCAUGAAGAACAGAUGCUUUGCAGCUGGAUGAAAAUCCUUGCAGCUUGAUGGGUUGCAAAGAUGUAGGUGGAAGGGGAAAAGAGAAAUUUCAAUUUUUUCCCCUCCUACAGGAGAUAGAAGAACAGGAACUCCUUCUUGGUGUCACCCUUGGUCAGAGCCACGUUUCGGCCACUCCUUGGGUGAACCACAUAGGCAAGAUAAGGCGGCGCUGAAAUGAUUUGCAAGAAUGCAUGACAGGAAGCAAAUACCACAUCAAACUGAAAAUAAACAGCAGGUGGAAAUUAAGCAGGCAGAGCGCAGCUAGCACUUGCUGUUAUUAUCGUAAUUAGUAGUACUAUUUUAUUGCAUGUGGAAAAAGUCAGUAAAUCUCCACCUGUCCUACGUGUAAAAUAGGAGCUUCGGUGGUGAUGGGUGCAUGAAAAUGUGUGUAUAGGUGGAUGGGGGACAGGAGGAGCAGCGUGGGAGGUGAUCAGAUGCUGGGGGUUUACCCGUUGUUUCCCCCAUGUCCCAUCCACCUCAGCUCUUUCCUCUCCAUGGACUGUUCAGGGUUUGUCCUGUGGCUCCAGGAGCUGCCACCUCUGAUCAGGAGGAGCAGGUGAUGGGACAUAUUUAUUGCCAUCGCUUCCUGCAGGGCAGGAAGGAAGUGAAAGAGAAAUGGGUGAAAUGGAAAACAAAACCAAAUCAUAUCAGCAUUAGGAUCUGAAAGCAACCACUUCUUCAGGCGAGCCCUGAGCAUCCGUGCAUGCACCUUGCAGGGUUAGAUCCUUAACACGGGCAGUGAGCAGCCACAGGGCUGCAGCUGGCUGGCACAGGCAGCACUGGGGUUUUGGUGCUGCAGCUCUCCUAGGGAGUUGGAUGGAUGGAUGGACUCAGACGCGUUUAUGCAAACCAGGUGCGUUGCUGGAGCCUGAGGCUGGCUGCCAGUUGUGGCCUUCAGUGCUGUAAAACUGGGCUCUGCUCCGGCAGAUACAAAUCGUGCUGUGCAGCACCCAGCACAUCUGCCUUUGAUGCUGGCAGGCCCUUACUGCACAAGCAGCCCUUCCAGUCAAACCUGUCUUUUUUUGCACAGGGACCGGUUGAGCGUGUUUUCACCCCAUUCAUGCGUGCACCUGACUGCCAUGGAAGCAGAUCUUUUGUUCCAGGUAAGAAAGGUUUACGCAAGCCCCAGGUUCAGCCAUCUUUCGGUGUGCCCAAACAGCCUCACUCAGCAAGAAUGUUUGGCAGCCUGCAGCUGUUGAAGCUGUUGAACUUCUGCUCCAUGAUUUUCGGUUAGGAGGCUUUUCAAUAAGGAGGGGGAGGGACUAGAUCCAUGCUGCAAGCAGAGACCUGCAGCCUCUGCUCCAAGCCUGCCUUGGUCUGGGUGUCUGAAGGCUUCAUCCAGCUGUUUGUAGCUGGAAGACAAGCAGGACUGAGCUCCUGCAGCCUCACUGGGGUUCAGACUCACCUCUAGAGCCUAGAUCAAGUUUCAUGCAUGAAGUGAACCACUCCUGUAAACAGGAGCUGGGCGCCUUCUCAUGGACCUGGACACCUCCACAUGGAUCUGAUCACCUCCUCAUGGAUCUGGGCACCUUCUCAUGGACCCAAGCUGCUGCUUGGCUCCUCCAAGCCUCCAUGUGCUCAUUCCCAGGCUGCCAGGUGAUGCUCCUGGCACAGCCCUAUGCCCAACCUUUCUUCUCACCAAGCCUGAAGACAAGCUUCCACCUUCACUGAAGGAAACAGAAGGUUGAAAACAACUCCCUGUUGAUUCAGCGAGGGAAAAGAAAACACACACACACACACACAAACCAACCACAAAACCCAAUGACUUUCAACUAUCACCUUCACACCACCCCCACUGGCACCAGCUGGCGUGGGAGUGCCUGCAUGAGCUUGUCUGAAGUUCUGAUUUCCUCGGGGCACAGACUACACCUAUGCUGUGUUUGGGUAGCACUGAUCAGACUGGUUGUGACAGAGACCUGCCCAGUCCUAUCUGUAGCUAGAAGGGAGCGAAGUCAGGAGGAAAAUCUCCCGGAGUCCUUUGGGUUCCUUCGAAAGUCCCGUUCUGCCGGUUCCUGCCCUGCUCAAGAGCCGCCGACUGCAACCGCAGCAGUAGCUCAAAGGCAGCACUGCUUUUAAUAUAUAGUGGUGGGGACGUACUGAACCUUUCAUUUUUGUGCUUUCCCCAGAAUAGAACAAUCUCGUGUUGAUGUUUUGGUGACUCUCGGCGCUGUUUUGGUGCACGUGAAGUGGGAGGCUGCCAGGUGGUAGCAAAGGCAUGAAUUCUGCAGGGUUUGAUCUCGUUGUAUGCUGAGGGUUCAUAACUAGCAGAACAAUGGGUAGUUGUGGAAGAAAAACACCUUUUGGUGUUCCCAAGUGUCAGCAGAAAUUUGAGGAGAAGCACGAAAACGCCAAUAUAUAAAGAAAUCAUUAAGGUUGGAAAAGACCUCUAACAACACUCAGUCUGAACAUCAACCCAUCACCACCAUGCCCACUAACCAUGCCUCUAAAUGCACAUACACACACACAGAUGGAUGGAACAACCGGUAGGAAUUCAGCCUGCUCUUUAAAGCAAUUAAAGCCACAGUAUACCUUGAAACAAUGUGACUUCCCUUACAAAGCCAUUGCUUUGUGCAGGAACCAGUGUGACCAUCUUGGCUUUCCACCCAAACUCUGACAUCUCCAUCUCCAGGUGUGUGGCAUGAGCGCGUGCCAGCUGAGGCCAUUCAGAGAUAUAAAUUAAUUGAAGGAGCAUUUAAUUCGUGCUAGGCUGAGCUGUUCCCUAAAGAAACCUCACAAAUGGAACAGGAAGAGCUGUGCUGUUUUAAUAAGGCACUCAGAAAUAAAAUAAAAUCUAAGAAAAGAAACUCUUUUCAUCCGACAGAGGAAGGGAGCCAGAUCUCUUGUGAGCACACCAUUAUAUCAAAGGGCCCUGCCCGCUACACAAGUGCCUAAUUUGCUUCUUUUCAAGGAAAUUUCAAUGAAGGCAAAUGAAUUAUGUUGCUCCAGCCUCCCAGGGCUUGUCUGAACAAGACAGAUUAUUAAUGUUUAAUAUGAGGUAAACUUUAAUCCAUUUCAUUAAACUGUGUAGAUAUUCUUAGUUCAGUUUUAAGCAGGAUUAGUCCUGUCUACCUCAAGUCAAGUAAACACAAGUAUAACUUUGACUGCUAUAAGCCUUGCUCAAAUUAAAGCAAGAAUGGCUACCAAGGCUUAGGGGGAAAAUAACCUAUUGAAGCUUUUCCUUAAAACAAAAAAAAUGGGCAUUGCUUUGAUAUUUUUUCUUUUCAAAGUAGUUCUUGCCAUGGGAAAAUCAUAUGAGCUAGAAAAAGUCUAUGAAAGUUUUCCUCGUAAAAGAUGAGACAAUAGCAGCUGGAAAAACACUGCUUAAUUGAAGAGAGGCAGAUCCUUUCAGCAGAGCCAGCCAGGGGUCCUUUGAAUGGAUGCAGAGUCAAGCCUGGGCUAAUUGGGCAUGGCACUUCCAUGGCACAUCCAGCUCACUGGCUCCUGAGAUUGUCAGCAUCAAUGGUACACCACUCAAUCAAUGCUCAGGCCAGUGGGACAUUGAUGUUCUAUCCCACAUCUGUGGUGCUUGGCCUUACAACCCUUGGCUAAGGUACUGUACGGCCUUUAGGAAGACAUUCAGACUUGAUGCAAAGGUGUCAAAUUGUGUAGGAUUUAUACAUCCCUUGACCAGUUGUCUCACUGGCUCCUUGGCCUCACUGUUACAAAUGUGUUGCUAAUUCCCUUAUUUUUCAUUAUUAACUGACAGUAUUCUCUUGUCUCUUAUUGUUUUUCUUUAUCAAAAAAGCUUAUUCUCGCUAAAUCACAGCUUUUCCCCCAGUUUGCUUUUCGUGGGAUUUGCUCAUAAAUAAUGCUUUCUAAGUCCAAAGCUUGUUCAGUUUUUGCUCAGGCUUUUCCAAAAAUGUCAGAAAGGCUGCAAAUUAACACAAAAUUGGUGGGGAAAUGAAUAGCUGAGGACCAAUUCUUGUUUUUUUAAGAAGCAAUUAGAUAGGAACACCUUCUGCCUGUAGGUCAGAUUUAAUCUGAUGCUCUCAAAGAGGAGAGAUCCCUUAUCAGGUCCUGACCCCUUGGAGGCCCUGGGAGAAUCACAUCUUGAUAGUAUUCACCCUGCUCAUGCCUUCUUCUGUCAGAGGGCUGAUCUGCUUGCCCUCUGAAGGAAGGGUAGCCAUCUCUCAUGGGGCUGAGCAUAGCUGCAGAAGAGGUCUCUUUUCAAGAUGAGUAUUAGCCAUAUAAGAUUAGAUGUAAGGUUAUAUUGCCCUAGGGGAGGUUCAGGUUGGAUAUUAAGAAAAAUUUCUUCUCCAAACGAGUGGUAAUGCAUUAGCACAGCUGCCCAGACAGGUGGUGGAGUCACCGUCCCUGGAGGUGUCCCAGAACCAUGGGGAUGUGGCACUCGUGAACAUGGUCAGUGGACAUGGUGGGGUGGGUUGGGUUUGGAUUUGGGAAUCUGAGCGGGCUUCUCCAACCUUAAUGAUUCUGAGUUUCCAUGACUUCCAUGACAAAGUGUAAGAUGCAUUUCUUUAAGCAGUGUAGGUGAGUUGAUGGCACUUUUAAGCAUGGAGUCACUAAGUCACUUCUUACUCACUUUAUAUUCAGCAUAAGCCAGAUGUGAUGCUGUUCGGUGUGUGAACUGUGCCACCACGAGCUAAGAUACGUGUGGUGAAAGACUUGCAGAGGUUUGGAGAUGGUUCCUCAAUGCGACGUGAAACUGUUUUGUUAGGGUGUCUUGGAAAGAUGGUUUUGUCAUGGGCCAACAUGCACCUUAAAACUCACAUGGCAGAAACACCGAUAAUCAUUUCCAAAGGAAAUCCAAAUCCAAAGGAGCCACACAGGAAGCAGAAGUCACCUCUACACCACGUUCUCUCAAUGCAGCUGACUUAUGCAGAUGUGACCUUGCUGAAAGCAAAGAGCAGCACACGAGGCUGAUAAUGGGUAUCUGCACAGACACCAACGAACGUGAGCUGAACAAAGGGCUGCAUAACUCUUUCCACCCACUGUGUGCUAAACAGGCCAGCGGGGCAAGGCGAGGGAUGCUGGGUGGAGGGUUACACUUUCAGCCUUGUUUAAGAAGGACAAAACAUUCAAAUGACUGUGUGCCUCCUCCUUGUCUGAGCUGGCACUGACAACAGGAAGGCAAUUGUAUGUUUAAGAUUUGAAUAAGGCAGGCACUCUCACUGGAAGCAUUAAGCCAUGCAUGUCUUAUCCUGCAAAGAGAGCAGCUCCCCGCAGAAGUGGGCCAGGCAAGAAACUAGCAGGUGGAUUAACUGUUCAGGAAAGAGCAUGGAAAGCAGCUUUCUUGCAGAGCAGGUCUCCAUACAAAUACAAACAAUGUAGAUUAGUGCUUAAGCUACUGAAACAGGGCUGUCCAGGAGAAGAUAUUAGCACAUAGCGGUGCAGCCAUCGAUGGGCUGACACCUCUGCAAUCAGCCAGAGGGUUUGGUGGGGAUGGGCUGCUUGGAGCCAACCUGCCCAAAUACCUGUUGUGCUUUAUUGGAAAUGUGAGACAACCAUUUCUAGCACAGGGCCUGUAAUGAGCUUCCAGUUUGCCUCAAGAUGUUUUCUCCCAGCUUUGUUAUCUUUAUGAGCAGCUAUUUUAGCAGAAGUGCUAAAGAAGGGGGAAAGACGUCAUGGACUUGGAUCUGCUUGUCCCUGCACACAGUUCUGCAAGGCUUGCAGAAUGGGCAAGGAGAGACCCUUUGGGUGGAUCAUGUCCAUACACUGGCUAAUAAUCUCUAUAUGUUUAAGGAGUGUUUUUGUGUUUUCUUUAGUACCUAAGACAAAUAGCAAAAAAAAAAAAAAGGAUUCAUUAUUUUUAUCUGAACAAAGCAGCAAGGCUUGCUCUUGGGUAGAGGGAGCAGCAGGAUGAGCUCCAUUUUGUUGAUGAAGGGAUGGCCAUGCAAAGCAUGUGUACUCCUUAACCUAGGAGCUGCUGCCUGGAGCUCAGGAGAAUGAAGUGCUCCUGGCAGCUGUCGGGCUCAGCAGCAGAGCAUGCCUCUCUCCUUCCCCUGGGCAAAUUUCUCCCCAGUUCUCAGCAGAUGCUAGAAAUGAUGCGGCCAUCCCUGUGCCUAACCCUGUAGGGAAAGGGAUACGUUCUGUAAUGAGCCAUUUUCUUUCCCUAGAGCAACACGGGGAGGUGCAGGUUUUAACAGGAGGGGUCUAAAAACCCUUUAGGUGAGUGUCCUGGAGACAUUCUUAUGGCAGCAGGAUUUCCAGGAAUACUGCUUUCCUUAGCCCAAAACUUCUGUCGCCUGACAGUGCUCAACAUUAGAACAAACACGGGCUAAGCUGAAGUGAGAACUGACGGCUGGGGCUCAACAGCCACAUGGUUCACAUUAAGGAGCUGUUUGACGAGACUAUGUGGCUUAGUGCAGAAAUCAUCGGGUUUGUCUCCUUGCAGCUCACAGGUCCAGAACUGCCUGUGGCCUUAAGAGGUGAAAGCAGCCUAAGCUCAGCUCUCCCAAGGGUUCCCAUCCCAGAGUCUGUGAUGUGAAAUGGCUGCUGCAUGGGUUGCACUGGAACAUACUGCCCGUAGAAGACAUGAGUGCCCUUUCCCUGAAGGUGUUCAAAGCCAGGUUGGAUGGGGCCCCGGGCAGUCUGAUCUGGUGGCAGGCAACCAGCCCAUGGCAGGGGUCUGAAUUGGAUGAGAUUUGAGGCCCCUUCCAACCCAAGCCAUUCUAUGACUCAAUGAUUCUGUGAUUAUAUGACUCUAUGAAAAGCCCAUGGGAACAGCUCACAGGCUGCAACCAUCCCAGCCCUGCUCUCAGUCUGUCCAUGGCUCUCCCCCUCCACCCAUAACCUCCAGAGAAAGCACUGCCUCUUCCUGAAACAGGGGAAAAGUGAUGGAAAUAGCGAUGAACUGUGAGCCUGAGGAUCUAGCACACAAAUAGCGAAGGAAAGAGAUAAAUACUGCAACAGUCUUUAAAUAUCCAAGGAGGAAACCAGCCAGGAGCCAGUUUGGCUACAGGGGGAUGAGCUGGAAGCUAAUGACAGAUGAUCCCGAUAUUCCCAAGAGGUUUACUGACCAUCGUUUCUACAAAAGACGCUGAAUGGGACAUCCUAGAGAUUUUCUUGGGAGGACUGCUGAAAGCCUUUCAUACUGCCUAUUCAGAUCACAGGAUGCUUCAUCAAAGCAGGCUGCAAUCAUCACUGCCCAUCAUUACCAGCAGAGAAAAUGAGGUGAAGGGGAGGUCAGCAUGAGCGCACAGACAAUUACUGCAGAGCAGCCACCAUACAAACAGUAAGCACAGCAACUGCCUGGUGGGAACCUGCCUGAGAUGCCGUACCCACAGCCAGGGUGAGCAGUGGUUAUCUCCAGGUCACGCAUUCAGGAAGCCACAAGGACGCCAUAAAUAUUGUGUGAGUGGGAGCUGCUGGUGGGGCUAUCAGAGCUUCAGGUCAGCAGGACGUUCAGAGAGUCACUGGCACCAGGACAAAGCAGGAAGAAAUGACGAUAAAGCCAAAAAUCCUGGUGAGAAGGUUCAAAGUCUGGCCAGCGCCAUGAGCCCUUGUCAGCAAGGGGAGACCUUAGUUAAGUCAUGCCUGUCCUAAGCUUGCCCUUAAAUCUUAAAUCCUCACUGCUUCUUCUUGUCAGUACACACAGGUGAGCCCCAUCUCCCCCUAUAUCUCUCCUAUAUCUUUAGCUACAGAGGUUAGAAUUACAUCUGCAGUGCUUUGUUUAUGGGUGAAAGAGCCCAAGGAUGGUGCAUUGCAACUGCUGAGUCACAGCCUGAAUCAGUGAUUGAGCACCUGGGGAAAGGACCCAGUCAGCUCUGGGAGCACAGGUGAAGGCAGUUCAGCUGUGUGACUGGGAGGGGUAGAGCCUGGCUGCACCUCUCUUAGACCUCAUUUAAGGGCUGACUGCCACUGAGGUAAGAUCACUUCCUGGAGGUUUCUCCUUGUUGAUGCUUUUGCCUGCAAAACUAGACUGUUCUAAUACAGGUGAGCAAUCUUUUUCCUAUCCAUUUUAGCACCUUUCUGUUGUGCCUGUCCUUCUGUUGUGUCUUUCUUGUAAUGCCUUUCCCAUUGUGUUGAUAUGUCCAAUUGCUACAGAUGAGCAUGUAACUGUAAUGGCUUACAGAUGCUUUUUUGCCAACUUCUUUGUACAGACAUUCCUGCCCUGUAGAAUAUGCCUUGCUGAGGCUGAAUUUAUCCCCAAACAGCCUUUGGGGUCUUUUGCUUUGUAUUUAGGUAUUUCUUCAUCUAAGAACAUAUCAACAUCCAUGGAGGAACUCACCAGCAAAUAAUGACAGCAACAGUAAUAACAUCACCACCCGCAUCUGGAUUGUCUUGAGGGUGAAAACUAAUGAUGAUGUGGCUGCACAACCAUAAAAUCAACAGCAGCCUUCUGGAAAAAAAGAAAAGAAAAUCCAGAAGGUGAUGACUUUGCUGGAGCGCCAAUCAUCUUCAAGGGUUAAAGUAGUGAGCUGACAAAAGCUUUAAUGUUUUUACAGCACACAGACAUCUGACGUACAGUACAGGACACUUUGUUCUAUUGAUGUCUAAGAAAGCUUAAUGGAGAAACAGGCUGUUAAAAUAUAGGAUACUUUAUAGGUUAGCUCUUCUCUAUACUUCAUCAUCUGGCAUUUGCCAAGUUAGCAGAGCAUUAGACUUCAAGUCACAUUUAUGCUUCUUUUAGAGCAGUUUUUUUCCACUAAAAAGGCUCAGCUAAGAGACAUACGUACUAAUGAAAAGGAGUCAUUCAUUCUUGUCACACAACUUGUCCUCAGAACAGUUGCAAAUCCAGCAUAUCAUUUUUUUAUAAUUGAGGGGAAAUAGAGCAGCUUUUAUGCAGUUAGACAAUUGUCCACAGUCUAUCCCAAGAAAGAAAAAAUUCCCUAAAAAUGGAAAGCAGGUGGGUUUUCGUUACAUCAAGUUGCUUCUUCUGCACAAGAACAAGAAGGCUACAUCCUUGAUUUCUUUUUAAGAUACAAAGAAGUCAUAUAAUUGGUACAUCUUCUAAAAAUGUACUGUGAGCUGAACAUACACUGGAAGUAGGUCUAGUGCCCGUAUUGGCUGUGUAUGUCUUCUAAGUGUACUGCUAAAAGCUUCAUACUUUCCUACCCUACCAGUGCAGCCUUGGCAUCCUACCUUUCCUUUCCAUAGCUGCUAACGUGGGAAGCUAUAGAAAUUGCUUUGGUGUUGCUGUUGGCUUGGGAGCUCCAAAGCUAAAGAACACAGGGGGGGGUGUCUUCAGAGAUGCUUAUGGGGAAAGGUGGACAGAAGAGAGGAUUGUCCUUGGCUAAAAAGAGAUGCCUGAGGAUAUGAGGGGUCUUCAACAACCCAGAAGCCUCCUUGGUGAGAAUGUAGUUGGCAAAAAUGAACAACUCUGGAAUGUCCUCCUUAUAGGCUGGUGGAUCCCAGCCAAGCCCACAGUCACACUAUUAUUUUAGACAUUGGUUAUCAACAAGGCACACAAAAAUGCUGGGUUAGGAGUGCAACUUUCAGAAGAAACAAUACUGAUAAACCUGGAAAUACCCUCAGACCUCCUGUGACACAGGAACAGUGAGUUACUUGCUGUGCUGGGCAGUAGAGGAAUAAAAGCAGACAGGAUCAUUCCAUUUUGCUAUUUUCCCUCCCACCUUUAUUCUUUACAGCCUGUCACUGAUUCCCUUUUCUCCUCUCUUCUCCCCUGUUAAAACAAAACAUCUGCUGCUGUUUUAAGGCACGACUGGCUUUUGCAGGCUGUUACAGACAAAGAUAGCACUUGGCAGGGAGGGGAGCUGAGCAAGAGCUAUAGCAGGUAAAGGAUUUUAAUUCCCCUAUUACUGUAAUCAGCUGCCAUUGCUGAGGGAGGCAGUGGUAAUGAUUUCCAAACCCAAAAGCCUGGCUAAGGGCAAGCGUUCACAUGGUCAGGGAGUACUGGAGGGCUGCACAUGGGCUUGGCCCCAUCUAUAGGGCUCUGCAGAGCUCAGCUGGUGACUAGUCACUGCAUCACUCCUUUCUGAUUAAAUUCCCAUUAAGUUUGAAAUAAUAAUACGUCCUUAAUGGAAUAAGAAACUCUGGAAGAAGAAGAAAAAAAAAUCUUUGCAGGUUUUUUUUGGCCAGUGGUGAACUAAGGGCCAGCCCUGAGAAAGCAUGUGAGAAUGGCUCUGUGAUCAUGCUUUUCUUCUGGUACAGUGUGGGAUUAGUCUUUGCAUUUGCUAUGCCCACAAAAUCCCAAUUCAGUGGCAAACCAAGACCCUUUAUAUGAUCAUGACAAUAAGAAGAAUUCUGGACAAUGUCUGUGCAUAGUAGUUUGCAUACUAGAAGGUACAGAAGCACCCAAAUCUUUCAGCAGACAAUUUCUCAAAGGGGGUUGUAUUGUGACUGUUGAGUCACAGCCUGAGUCAAAGCCUGAACCACAGAUUGAGCACCUGGGGAAAGGACCUGGGAGCAUAGGUGAAGGCAAUGUGACUGGGAAAGGUGGUACCUGGCUGCACCUCUCUUAUACCUAAUUUAAGGGCUGACUGCUCCUGGGGAAGUGUCUUUGAUUAGAUAUUCCUCCCAUGGGUGGUUUCCCUUGAAAGCCCAGAUCUUCAGAGACAGGUGAGUACUUUCUUUUUUCCUUUGUAACACCUUUCUAUUGCACUGGUUUCCUUGUCAUUACAUCUCAUUUAACAGCACUCCAUUGCAUUGAUCUUUCUGAUAGUUACAGGCGCUGAUCAGAACAACUUGCACAUUUGUGUCCAGGAUCUUUGGUCUAAUGUCUUUUUCUUCCUGCUAUCUGUUUUAUUUAUUAUCUGUCUAUUCACCACCCUGUGCAAGAGCUGAGCGGGGUAUUUUGGCAUCCCCAACCAGACCAGACUUGGAGGAACAGAGGUAAGUCCAUGCCACUGAAUACUGAACUAAGGAGCACCGCACCCAUCCUCAUUAGCACUAAGAUCUGCCUGUAUACUCAAGGGUCAGUAAUUAUCAAAUUAGUAAUAUUAAUUCUUGGCUUAUGCUUCUCCUCCUUUAGGUCCUGCAGUCCACUGAUCAGUGGGGAGGGAAUAUCAGUUUGUAUCCUGCUCAGGUAUCGUAUCUGCACUGAAAUAGAUGAGAAAAGCCUAGAAACCUUGUUGAUGCUACUGGUAUUUCUUGCUAAAUGUGAGAUAUGUAAGGUGUUCAAGGCCAGGUUAGAUGGGGGCCUUGGGCAUCCUGAUCUGGUGCCUGAUUUAGUGUGUGGCAACCAUGCUCACAUUGGUAGAGUUGGAAGUGGAUGAUCUUUACGACCCCUUUCAAUGCAAUCAUUCUAUGAUUUUACUUUGUGAGCUGCCAGGUGAAGUGCAUCAUGGUCCUGCAGGAGAUGGAGGAACCUCUGAAACUACUGAUAUCUUUGCAUAAUAACAGGAUGUCCAAGAUGAUAACAGCAGGCUGUCUGACUCUUGGGUGCAACAUGUGAAUAUAGACAGUAGAAGUGUGAAAGCUCUGGCAGGUGUGCCCACUUCUGUUUGAAGUUGUUCAGCAAUGGGAUAUGGCUUUCCUACUCAAAGCUAAUUCACAUCAAAUUCAGGUUACCAGGGAAAAGAUCAGUAGAAAAGAAAAAGAGGAGGCCAUAAAUCAUCGUAAGGAGAUCAGAUAGAAUUCCUCAGGACCAUGAAUUUGGGGCCAAAUGUUGGAAUGCAGCGUGUAAUGAACUUGCUUAUCACCCUGGUGCUGUAUCCAAGAGUUAUUAAUGGGCUGUGUAGUGCUGUGAUAGUAACAUGAGCUUGAGGAGCAGCCUAAUAAAAUGAGGCUCCCUGCUUCAGGCAGCCUAAGGCUGCCUCCCAAAGAGACAAUGUUGGAUGUCUGCAGUUCCCAGUGUAUUUCUUCCAUCUCCAUGCCUAGAAGGAUGCUAACGUCUCCCAAGAUCAUUGGGCUCAGAUUAUUAAGGUAUUAGAGAGAAAAAGAAAGCUUCUUGUGUGCCAGCUGGAGUUUUGCAGGGCUUCACUGCUAACACCUCCCUCUGCAACACGCAGGUAGCGAAUAGGAGGAGCCAAACUAAUUAAUCUUUUGUAACCUAGUUGGAAUUAAGUGACAGUGAUAAAGUGCUUUGUAAUGGACUUCCUGAAUCCUCAUACAAAUGGAGGAAGUGACCACCCUUGAUCAGAUUUCUGUUCAUUUUGUCUGCUUCCCUACUUGCAUUAUGCAUUUUUCCCCUUUGCUAUCUUCUCCAACCUUGGUUUAUCAGGACUAAGGAACAAAUACUCCAUCAGAAUAUGAGAGUAGUGGUUUGGAGGGGAUGGGAGCUUCCUGGGGGACCCCAGAAUGGCUUGGGUUAGAAGGGACCUCAAAGAUCAUCAGUUCCAAUCCCCCUGCAGCAGGAAAUGAUUUACGGAGUAUCCUUCAUCAGAAAGUGUCAGUGCAGAAGGGCUUCUGAUGAGCUAGAAGGCAGUGAGGUGGCCAGCCCCUGGUCCCCAUUGUCCAGGAUAAUCUGGCUGGGAUCUCCUAGGAACAGCAAAAAAAAGUUGGGCUUUCUCUAUGCCAUAGAGUGGGUCUAGCCCUACUGGUGACAUCGGUCCUUCCUUGGUAGCAGAGAUGUGGUGUUUGACAGCGCUGGACAAACUGGAGCCUUUUGAGUCCCACAUCCCUCAGGCCAUGCCUGGUAGGACAUGGUUUUAUUUCUGGAAGGCAUCAGUAGAGUACUAUUGCCUCAGCAUAAUGGUGUUACAAAACCAUGCUGGGGAUCCAUCCCUACCGCAUGAUGGGCUUGCAAAACCUUCCAAGAGUAGUUGCACUGAAAAGGGUCUGUGACCUUCUCUUUGUGGAGCAGCGUUGCAUUGCCACAGUCAGGAGCUCUGGCAGACAAACCCUUGUAAGCUUAUGAACUCCCUGUUUCCCACCCAGUAAGUCAGCCAUGAACAUCCCCUGAAGGCUCAUGUUGUAAAGUCAGUGUAAAACAAAAAAGAGACCACAGAUUACAGCCCAUGGGAGCUUCAAACCACGCCAAAGGCAAGAUCCAACAGACCCUAUAGCCAUAGAAGGGCAUACUGAGAGCUGGUUUACAGCCUCCUGGCCUUGGUUUCAAGUGCUGGCUUUGGAACCACUGUCUGGCAGUCAGUCUGUUUGGACUCUGCCUCUGGCAUCAGGGGAAGCAAUGCUCAGAGAUCUCUAAGCUCCUGAGGGAGCUUUGUAAGUGUGGGGAUGAGAUCUUCUGCUCCAGCUCCUGUGUCCUGGAGCCUGCCAGCCCACAAAGAGCCACCACUGCUCUUCACUAAUGUGGGUUCACCCAUGGUCAGGCACUCAGUUCUGUGUUACUCAUAGUCCUCUGCUAACUUUAACUUCAUCUCUUCCUUUGGUGUUCCCUCAGUGUGUAAGCCCUUUCUUUCUUUCUGCCUGAACCAGGAAGACCUAAAGAUUCAGCAAAGCAUUCAGGCUACAAGUCAGUGUUUUUUUGUCACUUACUUGUCUAAAUAACACAUAAAAGGCUCCCUCUCCUCAGGCCAGGCUCUCCAUGAAAUGUGUAGAACAGGAGAGGUGCAAAUGAAAACCUUGGAGGCGUUAGGUGCUGUUUUUCCAAACAUUCCCCAUCAGUAAGCAGGCAGCCCCCCAGCACAGCACAAUCCCACUGAGAUCUUUAAGCUGUAUUUCUAGGAUUUCUCUAAACCAGGGGCCUCAAGCUUUUAAACACAAAGGGAGCUGGGGAAUGGUUUUCUUAGCAAGAGAUUUGAGCAAAUCAGUGCUUUUUGACUCACUUUUUUUUCCCCCCUCCUAUGGACAUCUGCUGGGGUCUGUAUUUUUUGAGUCAUGGGGGUGAAGGGGACUGAGGGGGGAGGAGAGGUCUGCAGACAAGGCAAGCACAACUUACUCUGGAAAGAUUCCCGGAUGCUAUAAAUGGGAGCCCCCUCACAGUGCAGCUCAUCUGAAGGAAAAUGAAAAUAUCAGGCAUCCAAGAAGCAUAUGUGCAGAUGGCUUAAAGCCCAGCCUCCUUACCAGAGCUCUGCAUUAAAUAAAAUGCACCGGGUCAUGUUGCUGCAGAUAUAAGAGAUUACUAGGUGCAAUGUGCACUUCUCUGUGAAACUGCAGGUUUUCAAACAAUUGCAAAUUCAGACCUUGUUUAUGGAUCAAGCAAAUGGCUCCAGUCAAGCAGAACAGCCCCCUUUUUUUGGCUGGGGUCAGGAGGCUCAUACUCUGCAAGACUUCACUGCAGACACAGCUCAGGAGGAGAGCAGUCUCAACACCAGUGUGAGAAGCAGCAUCCAAGAGGGCUAUUGACUACGACCUGUAUUUUUGAAGGAUGAUAUGAAUCAAUCCAGAGCCUUGGCAAGACCCCGCAGUUGGGGCUUGUGCUUUCAGCCAAUGUCAAUUAUGUCAUUACUGAGCCUGCAGAAGCUAUUACUAAUGUUACUUUUACAGUUCACUGCCGACCAGAGAAAAGAGUUUUUCACACUGUUGUCGUUUUGUUGGAGCAAGACUAUACGAAUCACAGAUGGCUUCCUUGCCAGAUGUAGCCUCGCAGGACAGCAAUUUGGGGUUUACAAGAGGUUUAAUGAAAACUUGGCAUUUUCCCAACUUUUGGCAAAUACUCUUGGGCUGUCAUCUCACACAAGCAAGUUGAGAUCCUAAAAAAAAGAAAAAAAAAAAAAAAAACCAAGU